CAUGUCGAUAGUGCAGGCUCUCGAGCAGCAUCGCCCAAGGCAACUGGGGCAGCCGGUGUUUCAGGCGACCGGCGUGGCACCGCAACAUUGAAGAAUUCGCCAACAGGGCGAAAUACGAACAACCCGGCCUCAAAUGCCAUGCCUAACUCACCUUUCCAAGGCCAAAUGAAAGAGCUACACUCCUCGGUUGCUUCGGCAACCAGCAAAAUGGCGGGCGAGGGUCAUCUGGCAGGCGAGCCCGUUGUCACUUCUCGGACGGGGACAGGCAAGAUAAGCGUGGGGAGCAAGAGCCCCAGGUCCCACUUAGGGCCCAUGAGCACCGGGCCAGACGGCUCGUCUAGUGGAGGCUUAGGGGAUCGUCUUGAAGAACGUCAAUUCAUUGUUGAGGCCUAUGUGGUACCUGAGGCAUGGCCGAUCAGCCUGGCAAACUGGCAAUUCUUGGAGAUGCUAAGGUUGCGUCGAGCAGAGACAAUGAAAGUUGGAUACAAAUCAAGGGUGACUUCUGGGAAUAAGGAUCACCUGGCAACAGUAAACCAGACGAGACAGCCCAAUUCAAGCGGUAGCAGUGGUGGAGGCGGAACAAUUGGAGGGGGUGCCAGUCGUGGCCCCGGUCCUCAGAGCAAGGAUGCCGCAGUUCGACAAGUUGGCGGUGCAUCUGGGGCUCCGGGAACAGGCUCAGACUCGGGUCGGGGAAUAGGGUCAGGCGAGCACCCAGUCUGGCCAUCACUGGAGGAAGAGGGCUCCUUGGAUGAAAGACAGGCACAUUGGAUGCUGCGUGUCAUCUGCGACUCAAACUCUGCUGUACGUUGGCCAGGCUGCAGGCGACUUAGUAACUUUAUUAACUGA